AUGGCAGAGACGCGCCCUCCAAACAGACUGAUUUAUGCAUUGCCAUUGGUUCUAAAGGAUAACCCACUCCAGUCCUUGAUCCCCUCGAAUUUGUCCGUCAAAUUAUGUCUGGCCGUUGUCUCCAAUAAUCUGAAUCCUUCCAUUUCCCCUAGUGAUGUACAAUAUGCUGUGGCCAUUGAUGUUCCAAUGAGGUCAUUGAUGUUGUGCUUCAACCUGGCAGUGCAGAAAGUUUCCUCUAGACCAUUGCAUCCUCCACCUAGACUCCCUUGGGAUUCAAGUUCUUCUUCCUCUCAACUCGGUGGUGGACUUACGUCCUGA